CAAUAGUUUUUUUCACACGCUUUGAUAGCCUUUCAUUACGAACGAUCUUCUUCUGAACAUUCACUUUCAUACGUCUGCGACGUUUAGUAAUUACUACGACAUCACCUCUAAUACCCGCCUCUUGGAACGUAAUUGCUCAAUUAUAUAUCCCUCUCUCCAAUUAUAUUCAAGAUGUUCUUCAAGACAUACGCCACGGUAGCUCUUGCGACUGGUCUCGCUGCUGCUAAGCCCAUUGCUCCUCGCACACCCAACAACAACCUUGUCUUCGGCAACAAUGCGGGCCGCAAUGCCCAGGGCUUCAGCUUCAUCGACGGCUUCAACAACUUCAACAACCAGCAGCAAGUGAUCCAGAUCCAAGAGCAGAACCUGCAGAUCAUCGACAACGGCUUCCAACAGCAAGUCGUGCAGCAAGCCAAUGAGGUCCUCAUCGUCAACAACCAGCAGAACGGCUUCAACAACCAGCUCAACAACCUGUUCCGCAAGUCCAACUUCCGCAACAACUUCAACCAGCAGUCGACCGUCAUGCUCGUCGUGCAGGAGAUCCAGAUCGCCGUCGAUGAUGGCCGCGGCAACCAGUUCCAGCAGAACGUCUUCGCGCAGAGCGCCGUCGUCGCCAACCGUGGCCUCGCCGCCACCCAGACCGUCAUGAUCUUCCAGCAGGAGACCCUCAUCGCGCAGAACAUCCUCGGCGGCGUCGGAGGCUUCCAGAACUUCCAGAACAACAUCCUCGGCGGUGGCAAGGGCAGGGGCGGAAACAACAUCGUCAGCGUCCCCACCCAGACCGCGGCAGUCCAGCUCUUCGGCAGCAAGCCCACUUGGAGCUCUGUCGCUGAGGACCCCGCCGCUACUCUCGGUGGCGUCUGGCAGGCUGAGCUCGAGGACGUCCAGAAGAUCGAGAACAACAACGGCGACAACGACCUCAACAACCAGGCUGCUGAGCAGGAGAAGAAGGCGCUCGACGAGGCCAAGGCUGCCGAGGAGGCCGCGAAGAAGGAGGCCGAGCAGCAGCAGCAACAGCAGAACCAGGAGGGCGAGCAGAACAACGCAGAGGAGGAGCAGAAGAAGGCCGAGGAGGCGCAGAACCAACAAUCUGCUGCUGAGCCUGCCGCCACCGCCGCCCCUGCUGCUCCUGCUGCUGCUCCUGCUGAGGGCGAGAAGCUAUAAACGAACUUGUUCCAUCGCGUGAAAUGAGUGGACUUCCUGCUGUCGGAGUCUAGGUUUUUCUCUUUUGGACUAUCGUCGUUUCUUCUUUUCUGGUGGCCCGUGAACAGACAUACCCGAGCACAAAUAGGUUGCAGUGUUAGCUCUCGCCCAGAGGAUAGAGUCCCGGGCUGAAU